AUGGGUCUUGAUGUAAUUGAACCUAUAACUCCAAAGUCUUCGGCAGGGCAUGCAUACAUCAUCGCGGGGACUAACUACUUCUCUAAGUGGGCCGAAGCCAUACCAUUGAAGGAAGUAAAGAAAGAAAAUGUCGCAGAUUUCAUUCGUAUCCAAAUCAUUUAUCGAUAUGGUGUCCCGCGACAUAUCAUAACUAAUAAUGGCAAGCCAUUUUUCAAUAGCCACAUAAACAAUUUAUGUGCAAAGUUUGGAUUCAAACAGUACAACUCAUCCAUGUACAAUACGGCAGCUAACGGAUUGGCAGAGGCCUUCAACAAAACACUAUGCAGUCUGCUGAAAAAGGUUGUCUCCAAAUCAAAAAGAGAUUGGCAUGAGAAAAUCGGUGAAGUCUUGUGGGCUUAUCGAACUACUUAUCGGACUCCAACACAAGCCACUCCUUAUGCCUUAGUAUAUAGAGUAGAAGAUGUCCUUCUCCUGGAGUGUCAAAUUCCGUCACUUCGAAUUGCUAUCCAAGAAGGCUUGACAACUGAAAAAAAUGCCUGCCUUCGAUUGGAAGAGCUAGAAGCUUUGGAUGAGAAGAGAUUAAAAGCACAAAUGCAUUUAGAGUGCUAUCAACCUCGAAUGGCCAAGUCUUUCAACAAAAAGGCCAAUCAUAAUCACAAGAAAAACAGGGGGCAAGUUCCAACCUAA